UUAGCAACUGGUGAUGUUCGAUAUUGACAGGGGUACGAAAGUACUUUCACGAUGGUGGGUUUUAAUUGGGUCUAGCUUAAGGUUAAGCACGGACCAAGCUGAGCUUUUUGAGGGAAGGUACGGAGGUACUUUGGACUUGUACUAUGUAGCGCGACUUUCAUCUGAUGACGAACAUCAACUCAGAUCGAAGAUCUAACAUUAUAAUUAACGACUUCUUUUGGAGGCAAUUGAGCUCUUUUCUCCUGAUAAAACUAUAGAAGAGCUUGAUAAUAUUACACUCAUUUCUCCUCUUCUUAGAAACGCCACCCUAGUUGGUAUCUAAUAGUACUUGCGCCGUAGUGCGCACAACAAACAGCUCAUCAUGGGCUUCACAACCGGCUUCACAGGAGGCGUAACUCUUACCCUCUCCAUAGCCUACCUGACCGUUCUAGCCCACCAACGGAGCAGAGAACACCAAGCCGCUGUCCUUCGGCAACAGACAUAUCUUCUAUCAAGCAUCAUCGAUCCACUACCGCCAGCACUGCCGCCCACGAGGUCCGAGGUCGCAGCGGCAGAGCGCGCACACUUUACCGAGAAAGCUAAGGAUCGAUGGAACUCAGAAGUAGAGGGUGCUGUCCGUUGGGCUCAGAGCAAAGACUGGGACGAAGUUCGCGAGGAUGCCGAAGCCGCCCUCUCUAGGUUAUGGGCUAAGGCGUUUAGCGAGGCCCAGGAACAGGUCGAGAAGGACCAAAGAAAAGCAGAUGCCGCCGAUGGCAAGUUGAGCCAAGGCAAGGAAAAGGCAGGGAGUGUAGCUGCAGCCGCUAAGGGUGCAUUUACGGAUGCAAAGGCAAAGGGCUCCGAAGUAGCCACUAAGACAGGAGAGAAGGCUGAGGGUACGGGAGGCUCGAUAUUUGGCGCCAUCGCGAGUGGUUUCAGCAAGGCAAAGUCAGCAAUUGUAGGAUCAAGUGAGAAGAUCGAGGAUGUGUCACCACAACUUUCCGCAGAAGAGAAAGCACUAAGCCAACGAUAUCAAAAGACGGCUGGACUCGACAGAAGCAAGGAGGAGGUAUUGGCUGCAAGAUACAACCAGCAGAACAACACACAACUUAAAGUAUAAGGAUUGUAUGUAAGUUAGCUUCCUGGCCAUUGUAUCUGUUUGCACAGGAUGAUUCUUGAUGAGAAAGAAGAAAAGACAAAUACACCUCUACCCUUGUACCAUACAACUGAUUACCUGCCCACCUUAAAAAAACACUAAUGAACAUCCAUACUGUACAUCCCCGUCUCUGUAGAAUGGAUGUGACGAGAGCCUCUAAUUUUUAGGCAACUAUCUCCACAAGACUCACUAGAAAGGACAGCGCCCGCCUGUAAUAUAUACUGCCG